AUGACUUCUGUUCAGUCCGCACCUGCGAUGCAGGCCAAUGUUCCCUCGCUCCCACCCAACCUCUCCCAAGCCCAAGUGCAGGAAGUUUAUCAAAAAUUCCAGCGCAUGAAAGCCCAAAAUGUCCCCGAAACCGACCCCGAGUACCUAAAGGCAUAUCGGUUUCUCACUGCCGUCCAGCAGCAGCAGAACUUCCGAAAACUACAGGCUCAAAAGCAAGCACAACUCCAGGCUCAACAACUGCAGGCUGCCCAAAAAGCCCAACACCAGCCACAAGCGCAAUUGGGUCAACAUUCUGGACUACAGGCUAAUGGCAGUGCUAACCCUCCAGCAACAAAUGGAAGUAGCAAUGGUCAACAAGAUCCAGCAGGUCCGGUGGUCAACGGGGCAACUUCUUCCACGCCGAGCUCAACCUCCGGACCCAACUCAGUACAAGCUGGAGCACAGGCACAACGUGUUCCUGCUCAGGCGAACGGCAGCUUCACGGCAGAACAGCUGAAUCUAUUGAGAACCCAGAUUUUCGCAUUCAAGACUCUGUCCAAGAAUCAGCCUUUACACCCCAGGAUACAGCAGCAACUAUUCCCAUCCCUCAAACAGCAAGCUGCCACGCCUACGGAGAGUAUUCCCCCCGGGGAUAAGGUCGCGGAGGGUACUGUCGAAGUGAAGGAGGACGGUGGUUCGACCGAAAUUGCUCGAGCCAAAUCGUUCUUCGACACCUAUCAGUCGCCUUACGAAAUUCUCUUGAAGGCGAUCAGCUUCUCAGACCAUUCACAACGUCCCAAGCGCCAGAAAAUCCCAAGCAUAAUGCCUAUUGGCCUUGACACUGAUCAAGUGCGAGAGGAGCAAGAACGGUUACUGUACAACCGCAUCCAAGCUCGAAAGUCUGAAUUGGCAGCACUGCCUGUCAACAUCGCGUCUUGGGAUACCAGUAAAUCCCUUGAACCCACUGCCGACGACUCUCUCAAGCUUAAAGCGUUAAUCGAGUACAAGAAGUUAUGUUUGCUUCAGAAGCAACGAGAUUUUCGCCGCGAAAUUCAGCAAGAGCUUUUCUACUACGAUAACCUAGCAAUGACAGCGAAUCGAUCAAUGCAUCGCCGGAUGAAGAAGCAAUCACUUCGCGAAGCUCGCAUCACCGAGAAACUCGAGAAACAGCAACGCGAUGCCAGAGAGAACAAGGAGAAGACUCGGCAAACAAACCAUCUGCAGUCCAUUGUCGCGCACGCCCAGGAUGUCAAGAGCAAUGCCAUCAGUCAACGCUCGCGUAUUCAGAAGCUUGGCCGGAUGAUGGUCACUCAUCACCAACAUAUGGAGCGUGAAGAACAGAAGCGAAUCGAACGGACUGCAAAGCAACGUUUGCAGGCACUGAAGGCAAACGAUGAAGAGACAUACCUGAAGCUUCUUGGUCAGGCGAAAGAUUCUCGCAUUACACAUCUUCUCAAGCAGACCGACGGUUUCCUGAAACAGCUUGCUGCCUCUGUCAGACAACAGCAACGGAGCGCAGCAGAGAAAUGGGGCGAAGACAAGUACACGGACGAGGAGGAUGAAGAAGAGGGUGACUCAGAAGACGAAGGCCGUGGUAAAGUGGAUUACUAUGCCGUUGCCCAUCGAAUCAAGGAAGAAGUCAACGUCCAACCCUCAAUCCUGGUGGGAGGUACUUUGAAAGAGUACCAGCUCAAAGGUCUUCAGUGGAUGAUUUCACUGUUCAACAACAACCUGAACGGUAUCUUGGCCGACGAGAUGGGUCUGGGAAAGACCAUCCAGACCAUCAGUUUGAUCACCUAUCUGAUCGAGAAAAAGCGCCAGUUAGGUCCGUUCUUGGUCAUUGUUCCCCUCAGCACACUCACCAAUUGGAAUCUGGAGUUUGAGAAGUGGGCACCCUCUGUCAGUCGCAUCGUUUACAAGGGCCCGCCAAAUAGCAGGAAGCAGCAGCAGAUGAGGAUCCGACAGGGUAAUUUUCAAGUCCUCCUCACGACAUACGAAUAUAUCAUCAAAGACCGCCCCAUUUUGAGUAAGAUCAAAUGGGUACACAUGAUCGUUGAUGAAGGUCAUCGCAUGAAGAAUGCCCAGUCAAAAUUAAGCAGUACCAUCACUCAGUAUUACACCACGAGAUAUCGGUUGAUCUUGACCGGUACUCCCCUACAAAACAACCUGCCUGAACUGUGGGCGCUUCUCAACUUCGUGCUGCCUACAAUCUUCAAAUCAGUCAAAUCCUUUGACGAGUGGUUCAAUACUCCUUUUGCCAACACUGGUGGACAAGACAAGAUGGAGUUGAGCGAGGAAGAGCAGCUCCUGAUUAUUCGUCGUCUGCAUAAGGUUCUGCGGCCUUUCCUGCUCCGUCGUCUCAAGAAAGACGUGGAGAAGGAUCUUCCUGACAAGCAAGAGCGGGUCGUCAAAUGUCGCUUCUCAGCACUCCAGACCAAGCUUUAUAUGCAAUUGAUGACGCACAACCGCCUGGCUGUGGCUGACGGCAAAGGUGGCAAGACCAGCAUGCGCGGUCUCAGCAACAUGUUGAUGCAGCUGAGAAAACUGUGUAAUCACCCUUAUGUCUUUGAGCCUGUGGAAGACCAAAUGAAUCCUGGCAGGGGAACGAAUGACUCGAUCUGGAGAACAGCUGGUAAAUUUGAGCUUCUCGACAGAGUCCUGCCCAAGUUCCGUGCUACUGGUCAUCGUGUGUUGAUGUUUUUCCAGAUGACUCAGAUCAUGAACAUCAUGGAGGACUUCUUGCGGUACCGUGGCAUACAAUAUCUUCGACUUGACGGCGCCACCAAGGCUGAAGAUCGAUCUGAGCUAUUGCGGGUUUUCAACGAGCCUGGAUCACCAUACUUCUGCUUUCUGCUUUCAACCCGAGCAGGUGGCUUAGGUUUGAAUCUUCAAACAGCAGAUACUGUCAUUAUCUACGAUUCAGAUUGGAACCCUCACCAGGACUUACAAGCUCAGGACCGUGCUCACCGUAUCGGACAGAAGAACGAAGUGCGCAUUCUCCGACUCAUCAGCUCCAAUUCGGUGGAGGAGAAGAUUCUGGAGCGAGCUCAAUUCAAGCUUGACAUGGACGGCAAGGUCAUUCAGGCGGGUAAAUUUGACAACAAAUCCACCAACGAGGAGCGGGAGGCUUUCCUAAAGACUUUGCUCGAGGCCGCCGAAGCGGCCGAACAAGUUGGGGAUUCAGAGGAGAUGGACGACGAUGACCUGAAUGAGAUUAUGGCUCGUACAGAGGAUGAACUGGUCUUGUUCAAGAAGAUGGAUAAGGAGCGUGAAGAGACCGAUCAGUAUGGACCCGGCCGACCGCUUGCACGCUUGAUGGAAGAAAGUGAGCUUCCCGACAUCUACGUGGCUGAAGACAAUCCGGUUCAAGAAGAGACAGAGGAAUAUACUGGUCGCGGCGCCCGUGUCAAAACUCAGGUCAAAUAUGACGACGGUCUCACCGAAGAACAAUGGCUUGCCGCUGUUGACGAUUCGGACGAUUCGAUUGGUGAGGCAGCCAAACGCAAACAGGCCCGAAUUGAAAAGAGACGGACCAACAAGCUCAAACGUGAGCGAGAAGCCGCUGGCGUCACCUCGUCGCCUGAACCGGAACAAGAGAGUUCUGAGGAGGAGCCGCCCCCAAAGAAAAAAGGCCCUGGACGGAAAUCGGCGGGGCAGAAGAGGAAGGCCGAGGAGAUUGAGGAUGAAAUACCAGCGACGAAACGCAAGAGGGGAAAGCAACCCAACAAAGCGGCCAUCGACACGUUGACUAGUUCGGAGCGAUCCGCCCUACAGAAAGCUCUCAAGGCUGUGUUUGCGUCUAUCAAGGCUCUUGAGGUGCCAGACUCGGAUUCAGAACAACAGUCGGAAGACGAGAGCGAUGACGAACCCCCCACAAGAUUGAUCAUCGGACCGUUCCUGGAGCUGCCGCCGAAGAAAGUGUACCCGGAUUAUUACAAUUACAUCACGGAACCCAUUGCCAUGGACAUGAUUGAGAAACGGAUCAACAGUCACCAAUAUACCAGCCUCAGAGAUUUCCAAAACGACAUAGCGCUCCUGGCAAAGAACGCAAAGACGUACAAUGAGGACGGGAGCAUGCUGUACAACGAUGCAAUUGCUAUCGAGAACCACUGCAAUGAGAUGGUAGCCAAGCAAAUUGCAGACAAUCCCAUCCUUGGGGAUAGGGGCCUUGACGGCGACUCGACAGCCCCAGGUUCGAGCGCCGGGACACCCCGAGGAUCUGUGGCACCAGCUGGCGGGACAAAGUUGAGAUUGACAUUGGGUUCUGGCAGUAAUGGAGUCGCAACGAACGGCACCACAAGCGGGGCAGCCAGCGGAGCAGAAUGA